GCGCGUGAGCGCGCGCGCCGGCCGCGUGGUUGGGCGCGGCGCCGUUGCCCCGCCCCGCGAGGCUCCGCCUCCCGCGCGCCGGCGUCGGCUGCGUCUCCGGCAUUUGAAUCGCGCUUCCGCCAUCUUUCCAGCCUCAGUCGGACGGGCGCGGAGACGCUUCUGGAAGGAUCGCCGCGAUGGCCGCGCAGGGAGAGCCGCAGGUCCAGUUCAAGCUCGUCCUGGUGGGCGACGGCGGGACCGGGAAGACGACGUUCGUGAAGCGUCACCUGACGGGCGAGUUCGAGAAGAAGUAUGUAGCCACGCUGGGCGUCGAGGUCCACCCCCUGGUCUUCCACACCAACCGAGGCCCCAUCAAGUUCAACGUGUGGGACACGGCCGGCCAGGAGAAGUUCGGCGGCCUGAGGGACGGCUACUACAUCCAAGCCCAAUGCGCCAUCAUAAUGUUUGAUGUAACAUCAAGAGUUACUUACAAGAACGUGCCUAACUGGCAUAGAGAUCUGGUGCGAGUAUGUGAGAACAUCCCCAUUGUGUUGUGUGGCAACAAAGUGGACAUCAAGGACAGGAAAGUGAAGGCAAAGUCUAUCGUCUUCCACCGGAAGAAGAAUCUCCAGUACUACGACAUUUCUGCCAAAAGUAACUACAACUUUGAAAAGCCCUUCCUCUGGCUCGCUAGAAAGCUCAUUGGAGACCCUAACUUGGAGUUUGUCGCCAUGCCUGCUCUCGCCCCACCGGAGGUGGUCAUGGAUCCAGCCUUGGCCGCGCAGUAUGAGCAUGACCUUGAGGUUGCUCAGACCACCGCUCUCCCGGAUGAGGAUGACGACCUGUGAGAAGGCGAAGCUGGAGCCGGCGUCAGAAGUCUAGUUUUAUAGGCAACUGUCCUGUGAUGUCAGCGGUGCCGCGCGUGUGCCACUUUAUUACCUAGCUAAGCAGAACAUGUGCUUCAUCUUUGGGAUGCUGAAGGAGAUGAAUGGGCUUCAGAAUGAAUGUGGCAGUUAAAUACCUUCAUUUUUUGGACUUGCAUACUUAGCUGUUUGGAAAGCAGUUGUUUCCUUCUUGAGUUUCAAAGAUAAGACUGCUACAGUCACAUCACAAUAUCCAGUGGUGAAACCUUGUUUGUUACUGUCAUUCCCAUUCCCUUCGUUUAGAAUCAGAAUAAAGUUGUAUUUCAAGUACCUAA